GAGAGGUGACGCGAGAGAGACAAGGAAGGACCGCACCAUACAGUCUCAGAGAUCGGUUUCUGUAAGAGUCCACUACGUGAGAUAGAUCUGUACUCUCUCUCUACCAGUGUUUCUCUAUGGUCAUUCCACCGUGGAUGGGCACUAACAUACAGCUCAUUGAGAAUCUACUGUUGUAGGGAAGACUCGGAGAGUCCAGCCUCUUCAGACCAGACUUGAUGGGAACAUACUGUUUGGAAAGAGUGGAUGAUGGAUUACACGGACUGUUAGAACAAUUAAUCACACAGGUGAGACAGGGAGAGACUCUGAGAAGAUGAUAGCAUACGUGGACUGUCUGUCCACCGAGCCGGUGGUAGGAGGAGGCGUGGGGGCUCAAUGCUGGAAGGGGGGCUUCAGCGAGGAUGAGGACGAGCUGCUUCCGGCCUGCUCGAAAGAUGUUCAAAAGAUGCUCUACCUGCAGCCCAAGAGCGAGGGCAGUCUGAGACGUCGGCUGCUCACCUCCAAGAUCCACCAGCAACGAGACGGACCGUGGGCGUCCAGGCCACUCGCCCGGGGACAACCGGACAACAAUGGCAUCCAGGGGCCACUACACAGACAGGACUUCCCCUACCCUGGCCCCAGCCCCCCCGGCCUGGUGCGCCACCAUCGAGCAGGCUACUCCUCCAGGGGCUCCCAGCAGCACACGCACGGCCACUGCCUGACCCAGCUACGGAAGACCAGCUACUCUCCCCCCACACCCGACCAUCAUCCUGGGUACAGCUUCCCCCCACCACCUCUUUCUCCUCCAGGAGCAGCCAGCUACAGUCACACCGGACCUUCAGGAUACCCAAACCCUGGACCCCCAGGAUAUCCAAACUCUGGACUCCAAGGCUACCCUAAUCGUGGAUCUGCUGGGUACCCCAACUCUAACCCAAGACACUGUAACCCAGCCUACAACACCAACCCCAGCAGCAGCCCUAACCCAGGACACUAUAACCCAGCCUACAAAACCAACCCCAGCAGCAACCUUAACCCAGGACACUGUAACCCAGCCUACAAAACCAACCCCAGCAGCAGCCUUAACCCAGGACACUAUAACCCAGCCUACAACACCAACCCCAGCAGCAGCCCUAACCCAGGAUGCCAAAACACUGCCCAAGGACACAGCAACACUUACCUCAACUCUGGAUAUCCUUCCCCAAGACUGGGAUACGGCCCUCCCUCCCUCCCAGGACCAGGCUACAGCUCUGGGUUUGCUCCCCAGUCCCAGCCCAGCCUCCCCACUCCACCACCAAAGCAGAGAAAGAGGUUCUAUAACCUGCUCCGACGGCGCAGCUACAACACCAGCCAGAUCCCCUUCUCACACACCCCCCUCUUACACACACCCAAACGUCAAGACUGGAGAGCUGUCAGACUGGAUGAGGACAAAAAGUGGUCGGUACACUACACUUCCCAGAAGCCUCAGCAGGAGACACGACCCUCUUGUGUGGAUGACCGCCGCACCGUACUCAGAGAGUGCAGCAAGAAGCUCAGGAGAGUUGGGUAUGGCAGUUCACAGUACUUCUCCCAAAACCCUGCCUACCUCAGCCCCAGCCUAUCAGAGAACAGGCUGCAUGAUGACAUGGGCAGGAACGACAGACACCGGAAAAGUCCACGGUCUAAGCUGCUGGACUGUCUGUCUCAGUCCUGCUUCUCUGUCUGCUGGAGGAGAAAGUCAACCGGGUCAUCGCCAGAUGAGGACCUGUCGGCAUAUUCAUUCAGGCCACCACCGAGCCCCCCUCCAAACAGUUACGAAACCAUCGAUGGCACAGUUAACGGGUGUGACAUCACGGCGAACAGCUGUGACCUCACAGUUGCCGAGGAGACGGAGUGGACUAAGCCCCUCCCUCUGCCGACACCAGAGGAGAAGAUGAGGCAGCAGGCGCAGGCCAUCGCCGCUGAAAUAGUACCCAUAAACAUCACUGGUGAGGGUUUUGAGCGUCAGGCUAGUUUCCGGCGAGCGUUAGCCAACACAGACACUCUGAUCCGUCAACCCCGGAACAAACUCACACGCCGCAAGACCAUCGGCGGAAUACCUGAUGACAUCACCAGAGAUCUGGAACAUGAAGCUGACGAAGAGCCAGGGUGUGGUGGAUCAGUGGUUUUGCCUGGUCAGUACUCUACUCUGGGCCGAACCGGCAGUGUCAACACAGCCCUGCUACAGCGUUCUCUCGCACAAGGCCCACACACCCAAUCACUCUUGCCCUCUCACACCCAAUCACUCACGCCCUCACACACCCAGGAGACCGGCCUGUUGGAGGAAAGGAGAGAGGAGGAAAGGGUAGAAGAGAGGAGAAUGGAGGAGAGAAGAGAGGAGGAAAGGGAGUGGAGGAGAGGAGAGAGGAGGAGAGGAGAGUGGAGGAGAGGAAGAGAGGAGGAAAGGGAGGAGGAGAGGAGAGUGAUGAAGCCGUCAGUGCGUCGGAUCCGAGCCCAGAGAGGACAGGGUAUCUCUUCUCUGAUGGCCUCUCUCACCCCGACCCUCACCCCUAACCCCUCCCUCACGCCUUACCUCAGCCUCACCCCCUCCUCUUCCAUGGGCAGUGUCUCCCUGGGGGGUGAAGAUGGAGGAGAGGGGUUCCACAGCCUCCCCUGUCAGGAUGUCCUGUCCUCCCUGAGCUCUGAGAGCAGCUGCCUCAGCACCCCCUACAGGACAUUCUGCAGCAUGGCAUCCUGCUCUAUGGAUCAUGAAUUCCUGAGCCAGUCAGGGGAGGGUCGGAGCAGAAGAUUCCCAAGUCAGAGCACCUUACUGGGGGAGGACUGGAGCUACGAGCCCCUCUUACCCUCCAGCCGCUCCUCCCCCCUUCAUCCUUUCACCUCCAUUUCCUCCUCUUGUCAGACCGACUACAGCUGCUCCGAGUCCCACGGCCACGACUACGCUACCGGCAGCAACCGCAGUCCCCACGGUAACCGGGACCACUGUGGUCUCCAUGGAAACAGCCGUAACCUGUCAGGCAGUAUCUCUCUGAGGAAGUCAAAGAGGCCUCCCGCUCCACCCACGCGCUCCACCUCGCUACGGUUUAAACCUGGCCGGGGGAAAACGCUGCGCUACAACUACAACAACCACACUGCUGGACCUGGAGAGGUGGUCACGAAGGGGAGUCUGACCUCCAGCCCUGCUCCCCUCUCCCCUCCACUCUCUCCAGGGGUGUUCGAGGACCCAUGGGUCCCCCGCUGUAGCAGUGUGGGCAGGGGGGGCAGGGCAGGUGCUGAAACAUACAGUCAGAUCAACCAUGCCCCUCCCUUCCACAGCUUCCACCAACAGCCUGGUCAGGAUCAAAACUACCCUUCCAGCCCGUGCCACCAGCAGCCUCACCCAUCUGUCCCCCGCUCAGCCAGUGCUGGAGGGGUGAGCCUGCUGGUGGGACCUAAAAUGGCUGCCUCUUCUCCUAAAAUGUCUGCCACGGCAGGGAGACUCCAGCGGCUGGCCUCUUCCACCUCCAGCGGAUACUCCAGCGAGUGCAACACCCCAACCCUCUCCUCACCCCUCACAUCCCCUUCACCCCUCACACCCUCCUCACCCCAAACACACUCCUCACCCCUCAUCUCCUCCUCCUCCCUCCACCUCACCUCCUCUUCCUCCCUUCCCAGGACACGUUCUAGCCCAGGGGGAGGAGGGCCAAGACCCCCCAUCCCAGAGAGAAAGUCCUCUCUCCUCUCCUCCCCCUUCUCCUCCUUUUCCUCUACCUCCUCCCUCUCUUCCUACACCUCCUCCGACUCCAGAUAUCCCUCUCUCCCCCCUCCUCCUCCCCUGCCCGGCUCCAGCAUUCUUCCCUGUCUACCUCCACCCUACCCUACCCAAUCACUCCCCUCUCCUCUCCCUGAUCUGUGCAUCUCUCACCAUCUUCCCUCUCCCCUUCUCUACCUCAGCCAUUGCGACAGACUCAACCCCACCCCUUCUUUUCACCUAUUACACCUGCCAGUCAGACAGAAGCUUCCCGUUGCCCUGAAGAAGCCCACGAUCAUGCCCCCGCCCUUGCUGAGGACACACCAGACAGACACUCCACCACCACCACCCCCACCCGUAUUGAUAGGUACACCUCCAGAGCCCUUUGUCCCAGAGACACCACCCUUACUGGGGAUAAACCUGUACAGACCAGAGAUACAGACCCAGCCAGAGAUACAGACCCAGACAGAGUCUCAACCAGAGCCAGAGAUACAGACCCAGCCAGAGAUACAGACCCAGACAGAGAUACAGACCCAGACAGAGUCUCAACCAGAGCCAGAGACAGCAUACCCCUUCCUGAAGUUCUACCAGUCACAGUACUGUGACACAGAGGCAGAGAGAGAGACAGAGAGAGAGGCAGAGAGAGAGACAGAGAGAGAGACAGACACAGAGGCAGAAGCAGUUCCCAGACAGCCACAGAGUGUCCCGGUGCCAUACACAGAGCUGGGGAGAUCAGAACCAGAGGAAAUUUGGGUGCUGCAGGAGGAAGAAGAGAAGGAGGAGAGAAAAAAUUGGCAGAAGCUGGGGAGAAGAGAGGAGGAGUGUGAAGAGGAAGACAGACAGAGGGGAGCAAUGGAGGAGGAGGACAGCAAUGAUUUUGAAAGCUUCUCUCUGGAAGAGAGGAGAGACUCUCUGAGCAGUCCUCUGUCUACUGACAGCCUGAAAGGGGAGCUACUCCUGCCAGAUCUGUUCAUCCAAGAGGACGAGGGGGAACUGGGGGAAGAGAGAAUGGAGUGGGAGGAGAGGGAGGAGUGGGAGAAGAGGGAGGAGAGGUGCAGCCUGGACACAGAUGGGGCCAGCAGCUCCACGGGGUCCCUGACCUCCAGAGAAGACAAUGGUGAGGUGUUUGAUAUUUCUUCAGCGGAGAAGAUGGUGACACCAGCACCACCACGGACUACUGAAGACCUCUUUGCUGCCAUACACAGGUCUAAGAGGAAAGUUCUUGGGCGCAGGAACUCUGAGGAAGACCGAUGCCGUGUCUUUCCCCUCUCCUCCUCCUCUUCUUUCUCCUCCACUCCUCCAGUGACCCCUCCAAGCCCUAGCCUCGCCCUUCUGCAACCUCUUGAGGUGUUAGGAUCCAGUAAGGUGAGAGGUCAUAGGUUAGGGGCCAGCAGCAGCAGUGACAGCUUCAAGGCUCUGCUCCUGAGGAAGGGAAGUCGCUGCGACCCUGUAGCUCGCAUGUCUGCAGCCGAGAGACUCCGCAGUACUGCCCCCAAACACAUGAUGGUUACACCACAUAGCCAGAGCUCACGGAGCCAGAGCUCACAGAGCCUGUGCUCACAGGGCCAGCACUCACAGAGCUCACAGAGUCAGAGCUCACGGAGCUCACCAAGCCAGAGCUCACAGAGCCAGAGCUCACAGAGCCAGAGCUCACAGAGCCUGUGCUCACAGAGCCAGCAUUCACAGAGCUCACAGAGUCAAAGCUCACAGAGCUCACCAAGCCAGAGCUCACAGAGCCAGCACUCACAGAGCUCACAGAGUCAGAGCUCACGGAGCUCACCAAGCCAGAGCUCACAGAGCCAGAGCUCACAGAGCCAGCACUCACAGAGCCAUCCCCUGUCAGACAUACACCUGCAGCUUGGAGUGGAGUCACACACUCACACCCCUCAGUCCUUUGCACAAACACACACUGUCCAGCUAAUGACGCUACACCUACCCCAGUCCCAGUCCACACACAGACACAGGAGGAGGGCAGAGUGGGCACUCACUGAGGGCACGCUCCCUCUCUCCUCCCUGUCCUCCCCCACAUACCCCUCCCCCUCCCCCUCUCUUUGGGGGUGGCGACCGCCCCGCUCCCGCACUCCCCCUUGCUCAGCCAGCCGGCGUUUCGCUGCCCGCAGCCGACUACCCAGCAGCCCCAUGACUGCCAUCUCAGAGCGGGAAGGGGAGGGCGAAUCAAUGGAGGGCGAUGGGUUGGCCGUGACCAUCGGACUGGGCUGCGAUUCCUGCAAGACUUUUGGAUUGGCCAAGCUCACUGACGGACGUGCCGAGGCCACCAAUGGCAGCCUUGAUUGGCAGCAGAGCAGGUCUAUGGAGACACAUACCGUCUUGUGGGUCGGCUAGAGCACCAGACUGGUGAGUCGCUGUCCUACUCAUAUACCCAGGACAGAGGCUUCAGUCCAGGAUCUAGGAGACUUUAUGUAUCCUGCACCCGGGGGAAAUUGUUGGAAGUCGAACACUGUCGGAAAAAAAAACCUACCAGCCACCAGACUGGCUAUUGUACAGGACAGUGGAGGCUGGUGAGCACAGCAAUGGGAGGAUGGGCUCUUUGUAACGGCUGGAAUGGAAUUAGUGGAGCGGAGUCAAAACUGUGUUUUCCAUGUGGUUCAUGUGUUUGAUACCAUUCGAAUUUAUUUCAUUCCAGCCAUUACAAUGAGUCCGUCCUCCUAUAGCUCCUUCCACCAGCCUCCACGGGUACAAGAUGAUUGUCUCUGUUCAUAGAUUAUUGGGUAACAUAAAUGUUUAUUUUUUCUCUGACCUGUUGUUUCAGUCUUGUAUCUAGUUUUAGUAUGCAGCAGUAGCCAUUUUGAGAUUAAGAAAGCAACAUUGUAUUAUAUUAUUUAAAAAAAAUGUAUUUUGAGGUUUCAGUUACCAAAGACAAACUGUCCCUCCCAGUGAAGCAACUGCUGCAGUGGGCAUGUCUGAGAAUGUCUCUUUUGAUUGUGAUUGGCUUAUUGUUUGGAAUCAUGAUUGUGAUUGGAGGAAUGCAUUCUGCUAAAGUUACCCUAUAUUUAUAUUAUUUGAUACUUAAAUCCUCUUUAAAACAAAUCAACAUAUUUAGCAGAUGUUAUUGCGGGUGU